GCAGAAACUUGCAUCAAGAAGUUGCUGAAGCCUCCUGCGGAUGCGCGUGUUUAUGGGCCUGCAUGUGGCCAUGAAGCUUGGAGGGAACAGCCACACUUUUCGAAAAUGUCCUCAAUGGUGGUACACCAGAAUGUUUGGCGCCCUCCUCCGAUGGGCUGCGAGAAUGACGCUCUGAAGUUGGUCAGCGGCAAGUCUUGAUUAGCUUGGGGUUCUCUCCGAGCCAGGGAUGUUGGAUUUGUAUACAGCAGCUGACACUUGUAACCAGGCGCAGAAGGUUUUACACCCUAUUGAGGUUGCACCAUCCUCUCUUCAUAUCCCCCGUGCAGAUGAUACACUACAAGUUAGGCAGUUAUGAAAGAUAGUUUGAAUAAAUAGAAGAGUUGCUAUCCUUGAAGCAAGAAAGGUGGCUCUGUUGAGACCAGGUCACUCAUAAAAAGAGGCGGAGAUUCCAGGACUUGGCAUCAUGAGUAGGACAAUCUUCUCGGAGGAGGAGAUUCCGCCCACUGUUGCGGAGCUGCUGCGGAAUGAGGGGCUGGAUAUCAGUGGCAGGCCGUUCCAGGGCUCUCGACCGAAGCUGAUCACAGCAGACAUGACUGAAGGGAAGGACAAGACCAGGAGUUCGGCCUCCUUUCGCUCUCCUGCUCGGAAGCAGAUGCCUAGCAGCCCUCGAAGCGUGGCCCUGCGCGAACUUGCUGAAGUUGAGAAGGAGAAUAUCAUGCUGCAAGAUGCAAACGUCACUUUGAUGGAGAAAGUGGCAGAGACCGAGGAAACCUUGCAACUCCAUCAGAAAGCAUUGGCUACUCUGAAGCGGAACAAUGACAACCUGGAGUCGGAAGUUCGACGCCUUUCUGAGAGCAACCUUGGAAGCGAGAGCUCGUACCAAGGCAGCGUCCGGACCUCGUUUAGCCCUAUGGACCUUGAUGGUGCCCUUGCAGAGAUCGGUCGACUGGAGGCUAUCAACAAGCAGUUGGCGGAGGAACGAGACAGCCUGGAAGAGUUGCUUCUGAAAGAGCAGAUGAAGUCUCAGGCAACACCAGCCACACCGUUGAACCCGAGCGAAGCUGAAGAGAGGAUUGCCAGCUUGGAGGCGGACUUGGAGGCGCUCCAAGACCAAAACGACGCCCUGCAACUUAUGCUGUCCCGGAAGCACCACCCAAUCUUGAAGCGGGUCAGCUCCAAUGACCGUCUGUCUGACAGCGGAACAGACAGGAGCGAAGAUCGAGAUUCGAGCCUCGACAAUGAGGUGCUGCGCCUCCGAGACGAAUUGGCUCGAAGCGCGGCAAACAACAUCAUUGGUGGGACCGUCGAUAUGCCACGCCUUGCACAGGCAGAGGUCGAGAGGGACCACCUGCGCCUGCGGGUGCAGGAGCUCGAGAGGCUCCUCAGAAACGGCGACUUUGGGAGCUCGCCGCCCAUGCGGCCUCCGGGGCUCCCUCCUCUGUCUCCAUCCCACUCAUUCGGGCUCAACUUCGAGUCCAGCCGCAACGGCAGCGACGCUCUCCAGCAGUUCGUCGAGUUGGGGGAAACGGCCGCUGGAUGGUCACCUGUCCAUCCGGCGUUUACAGUCUCCCGAGAGAGCGAUUGGGAAGCCGACUCAAAGCUACGGGAGGCCAAGAAAGCGCUUGCAGACUCAGAGGGUCAGCUCAAGGCCGCAAGAAUGGCAGAGAUGGCAUUGACCAAGGAAAGGGAGGACAUGGAGAGAAAGCUAGAGCGCCUCGUCGAGGAGCUAGAGGAGGAGAAGGAGCGCGCCAAAGAGGAAGCGGAGGACCUGCAUCAGGAGAUACGGGAUCAGCGCUACCAGCUCAUGGAGCUCGUCGAACAGGAGCGCGAGACCCGGGCCUUUGUGGAAGCGGAGAGCCUGAAGCGUGUCGAGGAACUAGAGGCGGCUGCAAACCAUGCCAAGCAGGAGGCGCUGCUCGCAAAGAAGAGGGCCAGAGAGGCGGAGGAAGAGGUGGACAAGCGGGUUGCAGCCGUCAAGGCCGCGGAGGAGAAGGUGGCGCUUGCGGAAGAGCGUGCGCUGAAGGCAGAAAGGGCGCUGCGCUCGUACGAGGAGCGCAGCCCGUCGAGCCGCCCGGACACGGAGGCGCUGAAGAAGAAGGUGCGGGAACUUUCUAUGGAUUGCGACAACUACGCGAUCCAGGUGCAGCAGCUGCAGUCCAUGCUGGACGCGGCUGAGUCGACGACGGGACGCAUCGCGGGUGCGCUCGACAAGGCGGAGAGCGAAAUGAUCGAUCUGCGGGAGGAGAAGGAAGGGACGGAAGUGCAUCUGGCGUCGCUGCAGAAGGAGAUUGAGAGCUUGGUAGAAGAGAAGAAGGCGUUGAGCGCCGAGCUUCAGAAAGUGAACGAAAGCUUGGAGGAACUUCGCGACGACCUGAAGAAGAAAGAGGAAGAGCUGGAGAGAGCUAGGUCGGAGGGUGAGGGUGCUGCUCGGCGAUUGGAGGGUCUAGAGGGCGAGCAUAAGGAGCUGUCGGAAGCGCAGAACAAGGACCGGGCGAGAGCGGCGAGGCUGGAGGAAAGAGCAGAGAAGAUUGUCGGGCAGCUGGGUACUUUCAAGGUCGCGAAAGAGGCGUUGGAACGGGAGCUCACAGAGUGGAAGAAGAAGGGGCAGCGGGCGGACGAGCUCGAGAAGUCGCUAACGGAGAGGGAGAGGGGGUUGGAGACUUCGAAGGCGGAGCUGGGAGUGGCAGUAAAAGAUGCUCAGGCGAAAAGUGCAGAAGUUGAGCGGCUGAAGGGAGACGUGCGGAGGCUGGAGAAGGAACUGAGCGAGAGGACCGCGGAGAAAGAACGGCUGGCGCACGAGGCUGCGCAGAACGCCGGUGCUGGCGAAGGGCAGAAGAAAGUUGGCGAAGAGCGGAAACGAGCGCUGGCCGAGGUGGAUAAGGUCACGGCUGAGAAGGCGAAGGUUACGGCCGAAGUGGAGCGGCUGGAAAAGGUGCUGAAGGAGGUUGGUUCAGAGAGGGAGAAAAUGGCAGCGGAGCUGGCUGCAUUGAAGAAGGAUAGCGACAGCAGAAAGGAGCUCGUCUCCAGGGACCUCACGGAAAGGGCGGAGAAGCACGAGACUGCUUCGAAGGAACGGCUGGCAGAGGUGGAACGCCUGCAGCGCGAAGCAGAGAAACUCAGGAGCGACCUCCAGAGCGCCACGUCAUCACACGAGCAGGCGCUCGGUGCACUGCGCACGGAGGUCGCGGCCGCGCGCGCCAAAGUAGAAGCCUUAGAGAAGCAAUUGCAGGACGCAUCGUCUAUGCAAGAAGCGUCGCAGCGGGAGAUUGAGGGCCUUAAGGGCCAGUUGAAAAGUGCCACGUCAGCAAGGGACGAGGCCGUUGCAGCGGCGGACGGGGCUCGGAAGAGCGUCGAGAUGGAGGCCGAAACUUUGAAAGCACGGGGACUGGAGCUCGAGGAGCAGCUGAAGAAGAUGGAGAGUGAGCGGGGCGCAACGGGGAAGGAGAAGGACGGUGUCGCAAGGGAACUGCAGGCGGCUCAGAAAGAGAAGCGCGACGCCCUGGACGAGGCUGAGAAGGCGCGCGCUCUGGCGGCUGCGGCUCGAAAGGAGCUGAGCAAGCUGCAGGCGCGGUUCGACAGCGACGUGAAGGCCGCUCUGGAGAAGCGCGCGGAGAAGAUGGCGCAGCUGGAGGAGGCCAACGCGGCGCUGCAGCACGAGGUGGAUGACUUGCGUCACAAGAGGGUGGACUUGAAGACGGAGCUCAAGAUUGUGAGCGAAGAGCAUCAGGCGGCGCUUCAGCGGAUAGAGGAGCUGCAGGUCGCCCUCAAGACUGCAGAGGCGGCUGUUGCGCAAGAGCGUGCUUCGCAGACGGACACCCUCCAGCUCCUGCAAGAGAAGCUGGGCGACACCGUGCGCGACCCAAAGUCAGUCCUGCCGAGGUCAAGCUCGCAGCCGCCUACCUCUCCUGAGAACAAACCCAACGGGGGAAUGCUCAAGGACGUGAAAGUGGCCCAGGCGGUCAAGGGAGUGGCCAGCAGAUUGUCAGACCUCGAGUCAGAAGCCUCACGGCUCUCGAACUUGGUCGACGAGAAGCAGGCCGGGUUAGAAAAGCUGACGGAGGAGUUGGAGACCGCGAAGCAGCGGAGCAAAGAGCUCGAAACGGCGGAGGCGGGCGCGAAGGAGAGGGCCGCGGCGGCGCUCGUGGAGCUGGAAAAAGAGCGAGCGGCGAUGAAAGAGUUGGAAGGAAAGGUGGGCGAGCUUCGGAAGACGGUUGAGAGCGCGGAAAGCGCCCAGAAAGCGGACGGCGAUCAGCGCGCGGUUCUUGAGAAACGGGUCUCGGAGUUGGAGGCCCAAGUGGCUAGCGAGAGCCAGGACCAAGGUGACGAUUCUAAAGCGGAGGUCGCGGCCCUGCAGGAAGAGUUAGAAGAAGCCAGAGGCACGAUCGAGUUGCUCAACAUCGAGCUGCUCCAGAGCUCGGGGCGGGCCGCAGAGCUAGAAAUCGUUCGCUCGGAGCUCGACCGGGUCACUGCCGACAAUGAGAACCGGGUCUCUGAUCUUCAGGACCAGCUGCGGCGGGCGGAGGCUGAUUCUGAAGAGGCGACUCGAUUCAAGGGGGAACUAGAGGCGGAGCUUUUUGCGGCCAAGAUCCGGGUCGACGAGCUGGAGACACAGGCGGCGGAGAGCAAGGCCAAGGUGGAUGAGACGGACUUCCUGCGGGCGGAACUGUUGGAGGCGCGGGGCCAGCUGCGGCUGCUGGCGAAGGAAGAGAGCCCCCGGGCACGGCAAAAGGAACUAGACGCGGUGAAGCAGGAGCUGCAUGACGCGCGCGGGAAGGUCCGCAACCUAGAGAAGGAGUACGCCGAGGAGAGGAAGACCGUCCAGCGCGAGUUGGACGGUGUGAAGAAGGAGCUGAGCAUCGCGGCCAGCCGGGCAAUCAAGCUGCAAAAGGAGAUCGAGGACAACCGCGGCAAGCUCAAGGACCUCGACAGCUUGAAGCGCGAGCUCCAGAGCAGCAACGGGCUCAUAAAAAAGCUGGAGCGCGAGACGGAGGAGGCCAAGGGCUGGCAGCGCGAGCUUGAAACGCUGAAACGAGGGGCAACGGAAAGCGCUACCAAAGUGAAGGGUUUGCAGAAAGAUAUAGCGGAUGCGGUCCAAGUGAGGAAGGGCUUGCAGCGGGAGGUGGACGAUGCAAAGCGGGAGAAGCGGGAGGCCGUGGAGCGGUUGGAGAAGGAGUCGGCCGUCUGGAAGAACGCGUGCGACGAGGCGGCGAAGGAGGUGACGCUGCUACAGGGGGAGGUGGAGCGGCUGAAGAAGGAGGCGGGCGCGGCGGAAAGAGUCGAGGCUCUGGAAAGAGAGUUGGCGGAAGCGAGGGAGGGUUUGGCAGAACUGGAAGACUUGAGGGCCGAGCUAGUGGAGACUCGGAAGUUGCUGGAGAAGGCGGAAGUCGGGGCUCGGAAUGGAUCUGUGGAUAAGGUGACAGAAGCUGAGGGCACAUCGGAAGAGGGUCGUAAGCAGGCAGCGGAGUUGUCGGAAUUGAAGAAGGAGAGGGUAGACUUGGAGACGGAGAUCCAAAAGCUGCAGAAGGCGUUGGCGGAACAGAGUGAUAACGCGGGCGGUCUGAAGGAAGCGCUGGAGGCGGCGGAGACAAAGAUCGCAACGGCGGAGACGCGGGCGCAGCAGCUGGGCUCAGAGCUUCGGGAGUCCGUUGGAAAAGCGGAGAAACGGGUCGCGGACGCGGCGGCCAAGCUGCAGGUGGCGGAGAAAAGGGUCCGCGAGUUGGAAGCGGAGAGAACCCCCCUCGUGAGAAGUCCGUCGGUGAAGGCCCGGGUGCAAGAUCUCGAGAAGGCCGCGAAAGAUACGGGCGCGAGCUCGGAGAAGGUGAAGGCCCUCGAGACGCGCCUGCGAGAGGCAGAGGAGCGCGCGCGCGCGCAACUAGAGGAGGAGCGCAAGCAGCACGAAGUGGCGAUGGCGACCCAGAAGCAGGCCGAGGACUUUUUGAACCGGCAGCUGGAGCGCUUGGAGACGAUCGAAGAGGAGAAGGAAGAGUUGGAGGAGGAGCUUCUCGCAGUGAGAGAGGAGCACCGGGGAAUGGCACAGCGGGUUGACGAGAUGGAGCAACAGUUGAGGCAGUUGGAGCAGAAAGUGGUUACUUAGGAGAACGUACUUACUGCAUGUUUGCAGAUGGUUGAGUCCGAAAGUGUUGUGCCGAGUCAAAGUGGGGCUUGCGCCUCUGGUAUAAUCGCACUCUAUGUAUUGAUGAGAAUAGGAUAGUCGUGCUUGCUUAGGUAGAGUCUACCUUGGACAAUUUGACACAAGAACGUUGGCAAUUGGGAGUAUUUAUUGGUGGUCUGGGUUGUUCGAGAAACAACGGACUUGCAAUGCUCGCGCUUGGCAAUCUGCGUAUUAGUUUUGUUCAGGUCGACACAAGAUUGAGAAAACUUUAGGCUUGCAUUCGCACACAUAAGUUCGGCCGGCCACCCUGGUGCAC